AGUUAGUUAAAUUUCAAAGUGUGGCAAUAUGAGCGGGCAAGAAAGAUGUUAUCCAUUGAGUAAACAUAUCUUGGUUGAAAUUACUAAUGGUACAGUCGAUAUUUCAUGGAUUGAAUUUGAUGACAGAAUUCUCAUAAACAUAACUCAAUUUGGUAAAUUUGGAACAUUAAUCCAUUCUUGCAAGGACGUUAAUCCUGAAGCCUCAAGAUAUAGUCUUCAAACAAGUGAUCCUGUUAGCUUCACUAACAAGGUCCUUUUUGGUAUCGAAAAGCCUGAAAUGUUGAUGCUGACGAGAUCUUUAACGGCGAAAUUAGACAGAAAUAAACCAUUGUUAUAUUCCUUGUCUCUUAAAGACUUUUCCAUAGAAACUUUAAAAAUUAUAGAGAACUCUAUUGUAGAUUUAGGUUCCAAUUUAGCUUAA